GUCCUUUUUGGCUGGCGUCGGCGUGACGCGAAGGCGGGCGCGCGGUCUCCGGCGGCGGACUGGACGUGUGGGCCGAGCGGGCGGCAGCAGGAUGGAUACUGACUUGUAUGAUGAAUUUGGAAAUUAUAUUGGACCAGAGCUUGAUUCUGAUGAAGAUGAUGAUGAAUUGGGCAGAGAGACCAAAGAUCUUGAUGAGAUGGAUGAUGAUGAGGACGAUGAUGACAUAGGAGACCAUGAUGAAGAUCACCCUGGGAUGGAGGUGGUGCUACAUGAGGAUAAGAAGUACUACCCCACAGCGGAGGAGGUGUAUGGGCCAGAGGUGGAGACCAUAGUUCAGGAGGAAGAUACCCAGCCACUCACAGAACCCAUUAUUAAGCCAGUGAAGACCAAGAAGUUCACUCUGAUGGAGCAGACGUUACCUGUCACGGUGUAUGAAAUGGAUUUCUUAGCAGAUCUGAUGGACAAUUCGGAACUCAUCAGAAAUGUAACCCUUUGUGGCCAUCUCCAUCAUGGCAAGACAUGCUUUGUUGAUUGUUUGAUCGAGCAGACACAUCCGGAAAUCAGAAAGCGCUACGACCAAGAUCUGUGCUAUACUGACAUCCUCUUCACUGAGCAGGAGAGAGGCGUUGGCAUCAAGAGCACUCCCGUGACGGUGGUCUUGCCAGACACCAAAGGAAAGUCUUACCUCUUCAAUAUCAUGGACACCCCAGGACAUGUGAAUUUCUCGGAUGAAGUCACAGCUGGCUUGCGCAUUUCGGAUGGGGUGGUGCUUUUCAUUGAUGCUGCUGAGGGGGUGAUGCUGAACACGGAGCGGCUGAUCAAGCACGCAGUGCAGGAGAGGCUGGCCGUCACCGUGUGUAUCAACAAGAUUGAUCGGCUGAUCCUGGAGCUGAAGCUGCCUCCGACCGAUGCCUAUUACAAGCUGCGCCACAUUGUGGAUGAGGUCAAUGGAUUAAUAAGCAUGUAUUCCACCGAUGAGAACCUGAUCCUGUCCCCACUGCUGGGCAACGUCUGCUUCUCCAGCUCCCAGUACAGCAUCUGCUUCACGCUGGGCUCCUUUGCCAAGAUCUACGCUGACACCUUCGGUGAUAUUAAUUACCAGGAAUUCGCUAAAAGACUCUGGGGUGAUAUCUACUUCAACCCUAAGACGCGAAAAUUCACUAAAAAAGCCCCAACCAGCAGUUCCCAAAGAAGCUUUGUGGAGUUCAUCCUGGAACCGCUUUAUAAGAUCCUUGCUCAGGUGGUGGGCGAUGUGGACACCAGCCUCCCGAGGACGCUGGAUGAACUGGGCAUCCACCUGACCAAGGAAGAGCUGAAGCUGAAUAUCCGCCCUCUGCUCAGGCUGGUCUGUAAGAAGUUCUUCGGCGAGUUCACAGGCUUUGUGGAUAUGUGUGUGCAGCAUAUCCCUUCUCCAAAGGUGGGCGCCAAGCCUAAGAUUGAACAUACUUACACUGGUGGUGUGGAUUCUGAUCUCGGCGAGGCCAUGAGCGACUGUGACCCUGAUGGCCCACUGAUGUGCCACACCACUAAGAUGUACAGCACGGAUGAUGGAGUGCAGUUUCAUGCCUUUGGCCGGGUGCUGAGUGGCACCAUCCAUGCUGGGCAGCCCGUGAAGGUGCUGGGGGAGAACUACACCCUAGAAGACGAGGAAGACUCUCAGAUAUGCACUGUGGGCCGCCUCUGGAUCUCCGUGGCCAGGUACCACAUUGAGGUGAACCGUGUUCCUGCAGGCAACUGGGUACUGAUUGAAGGUGUUGAUCAACCAAUUGUGAAAACAGCAACCAUUACUGAACCCCGAGGCAAUGAGGAGGCUCAGAUUUUCCGGCCAUUGAAGUUCAACACAACCUCUGUGAUUAAGAUUGCCGUGGAGCCAGUGAACCCGUCAGAACUCCCCAAGAUGCUCGACGGCCUGCGCAAAGUCAACAAGAGUUAUCCUUCCCUCACCACCAAGGUGGAGGAGUCUGGUGAGCAUGUGAUCCUGGGCACCGGGGAGCUCUACCUGGACUGUGUCAUGCAUGACUUGCGGAAGAUGUACUCAGAGAUUGACAUCAAGGUGGCCGACCCAGUUGUCACAUUUUGUGAGACAGUGGUAGAAACAUCUUCCCUCAAGUGCUUUGCUGAAACGCCCAAUAAAAAGAAUAAGAUCACCAUGAUUGCCGAGCCUCUGGAGAAGGGCCUUGCCGAGGACAUCGAGAAUGAGGUGGUCCAGAUCACGUGGAACAGGAAGAAACUGGGCGAGUUCUUUCAGACCAAGUAUGACUGGGAUCUGCUGGCUGCCCGUUCCAUCUGGGCUUUUGGCCCUGAUGCCACCGGCCCCAAUAUCCUGGUGGAUGAUACUCUCCCAUCGGAGGUGGACAAGGCUCUUCUUGGCUCGGUGAAGGACAGUAUCGUUCAAGGGUUCCAGUGGGGAACCAGGGAGGGGCCCCUCUGUGAUGAGUUGAUUCGAAAUGUCAAGUUCAAGAUCCUGGAUGCAAUGGUGGCCCAGGAGCCCCUGCACCGGGGUGGGGGCCAGAUCAUCCCCACAGCCAGGAGAGUUGUCUACUCUGCUUUCCUCAUGGCCACCCCACGUCUGAUGGAGCCCUACUACUUUGUGGAGGUCCAGGCCCCUGCAGAUUGUGUCUCUGCCGUUUACACUGUCCUGGCCAGGCGCAGGGGACACGUGACUCAGGACGCACCCAUUCCAGGAUCCCCACUGUACACCAUCAAAGCUUUCAUCCCAGCCAUUGAUUCCUUUGGUUUUGAGACUGAUCUCCGCACUCAUACCCAGGGACAAGCUUUUUCUCUGUCCGUCUUCCACCACUGGCAGAUUGUACCCGGUGAUCCCCUGGACAAGAGUAUUGUCAUUCGCCCCUUGGAGCCCCAGCCAGCUCCUCACCUGGCCCGAGAGUUCAUGAUCAAAACCCGUCGGAGGAAGGGCCUGAGUGAAGAUGUGAGCAUCAGCAAGUUCUUCGACGAUCCUAUGUUGCUGGAGCUUGCCAAGCAGGAUGUUGUGCUCAAUUACCCCAUGUGAGUGCAGGGGCUGAUGACAGCUGCUCGCUGCAGGGGCUGGCUCCUGGGCUGGAAGCUGAGACCUGGUGGGCUGUGGCUUCACAUCUUCGGAAAACGUCCUGGAACUGCUGUGACCACCUUGAAAAGCCCAUGGACUUCCAACCCAGAACCCUGGGGAGGGAGGAGCAUUUUCCCUCUUGGUUCCCUCUGUGGCCUCUGCCUGGUUGCAUCCCCAAGAAGCUGAGGGGAGCUUGGGCUCAGGGAGAGAGGAAGAUGAAAGCGUUCAAUUGCAAGGGCCCCAUCUUUGGAAUAACAUGGAAUUUUAUUUUUACAA